AUGGAACCAGAAAACAUCGAUUGGAACAACAUCGACUCCACCUUCGUUCAAGACGACACUUACGAGUACUUCGACGCGCCGAAAUGGUUCGAUUUCACUGCUUCCAAUGAGCUUCUUGAUGAUGAAGAAGUUGAUGAAACAUGGUUUUGCACUCAAGAUUGCGAACAUCGCAAAAUUGUGAAAGAUUUUCCAAAACUAACAACCACAACAACGAACUCCAAGGCAAAGCUAUUGAAAUUUGCAAGCUUUUCUGAGAUUCUUCCAUUUAGAGAGAGAAACAGAAGGGAAAAAUCUUCGAUUGUUAAGAAUUGUGAUGAAAACAGAAGACCCAUUUGUUCAAGGAACUUGGAUGAAGAUAUUGAGAAUAAAAAUCCAAACUUUACUGCGACGAAUUUCGAUGGUGGGACUAAUAAGCUGAAGAAACCGUUGUUGGAAGAGACAGAUGAUUCGAAAGAGUGUUCUGUGAGAAGUAAUAGAAGAUCGAAACUGAAGAGUACAUUCUCUGCUCAGAAUUUGUUGGGUGGCAGAGAAAUCAUGAGUCAAAUCACAGGGUUUUGCUCUGAAUUGAAGAGGCUAGCAACAAGGAAGGGUGCUAGUAAAAAAGGAGGGGGUUCAGAUCCAAAUGAGGUGUUGGGGGAAUUGAAGGAAAAGACUGUGAGACGGAAGGAAAGGGUGCCCUUGCUUGUUGUUAAGGAAGGGGCACUACCUUGA